AUGCUAAGUGUCUACCGUGAAACUUGCCAGCUGCUGGGCAGCCAGGUCUUCCCCUGGCAGAAAUUGAGCCUGUGCAGCUUGCUUUGCCGCACACACUCACACUACACACUGUGUGCUCGGAGCUGCCCAGACACUAUCGCAGGACAGGAGCGGCCACCCGGCCGCGAGGAUCGCGGGCGCUGCCUCCAGGGCUGCGAGGGCUGCGUGUGCGAAGCGGGCUUCGUGCUGAGCUGCGCCGGCGCCGCUGCCCGCCCUUCACUCCGCACACAGCCGCUGCUGCCGCUGCCACCUGGCGGCCAGAUGGCCUGCAAACCGGGCGGUUGCACAGCCUCUGUGGCGACUUCAACAGAUAACCUGCAGCAGCCGAGGCCUAGGCCUGCACUGCAUCCCUGCCCAGAUGCCAGCUGUCCAGCAGCCACUGAGGACAAGGGCCCAGACACAGCACCUGUGGCCUCCCGUGUGAGCCCAGCGGCCUGCUGGCGCCCUGCCACGCAUGCCUGCUGCUGGAGCCCAUCUUCCAGACCUCUGUGGUCAAAAUGGGCUGUGCCCUCAGGAACCACAAAGUGCUCUGUGGCCUGCCUGCAAGCCUGUGUGGCCGCCUGCCAGACGGCUGGUGCCAGUGUGCAGCCCUGGAGGGCGCCUGGCUUGUGUCCCCUUCAGCUGCCUUACGGAGGAAGUCUGUGGCAUCACAGAUGGACUCCUAGGCUCUACUGCAAGGUGCUGGUAGGGCCCAAGGGGGCCAUGGCCUUGCGGGCCUCCCCAGUGCUACGAGGACGCCUCCGCGUAGCCUCUGGGGACUACAACGAAUUGCGACGGAUGACCUGAUACUCCCUGGAGGACACCGGGGUGCCAGCCUGGUCGACGUGUCCCAAGCAUGCUGGACUUGGGGCUUCAACAGCUAGUGAGGCCCCUCCCUCUUCUACCCCCGGGUCCGACUCACAUCGGCAGAGGGCGCUACCAGCCCAGCUCCCUGCGCUACAGGCUGCCUUUAGGGGAUUGCAGCCCACACCAUCUCUCUAAGCUCGUCUUCCUACAGCACUGAGCUUGUAGUGCCGGCUAUGGCCCAACACUUCAGCGCCUGACAUCGUCCCUCUGUGCGUCCGCAGGGUUGGGACUCUCAACGCACACCCGCCCCGGGGGUGAGGACGCACGGA